AUGCCACGAGUCUCCUAUGAUUUGAUGGGGACCGAGUGGACAUCUGGACAACAACAGCAGCGGCCCCAAUUCCUCGGACACAACACCACCAUCUCCCUCAAGACACACGACACGCCGCCAUUACUUACCCCAGGCGCUGCUCACUAUCUAAUCUCUCUUUUGCUACGAGCGGGCAUCGGCAUUUUUAUUAAUCGUCGAUACUCCCUCCUUACGAAGUUACGAACCCCUUCGAUACCGCCCCCCCCAUUUUGAUGCCAGGUGCCUGGGCCUAGGUAUCCUCCACCAACCAAGAUGCAGUCCGCUUCGGGCAUGCUCACAAAAUUCGAGUCCAAGUCGUCGCGCGCAAAGGGAAUUGCAUUCCAUCCCAAACGACCAUGGAUCCUCGUCUCGCUUCACUCCUCGACCAUUCAGCUUUGGGACUACCGUAUGGGCACACUGAUUGACCGAUUCGAAGAGCACGAUGGCCCCGUCCGCGGUGUCGAUUUCCACAAGACGCAGCCCCUGUUCGUCUCGGGUGGUGACGACUACAAGAUCAAGGUCUGGUCUUACCAGACCAGGAGGUGUCUGUUCACCCUGAACGGUCACUUGGACUACAUUCGAACCGUCUUCUUCCACAACGAGCUCCCUUGGAUUGUCAGCGCCUCUGACGAUCAGACGAUUCGGAUAUGGAACUGGCAGAACCGCUCCCUGCUUUGCACCAUGACGGGCCACAACCACUAUGUCAUGUGUGCCCAAUUCCACCCCAAAGAUGCCGACCUCGUCGUGUCCGCCUCGCUCGAUCAGACUGUUCGUGUUUGGGAUAUCUCCGGCUUGCGCAAGAAACACUCCGCCCCUGCGUCCAUCUACGAAAGUCAAAUGAACCAGGCCAACCAACAACAAGCCGAUAUGUUUGGAAACACCGAUGCCGUCGUCAAGUUCGUUCUCGAGGGUCACGAUAGAGGCGUUAACUGGGUCUCGUUCCACCCUACCAUGCCCCUGAUAGUGUCGGCGGGCGACGAUCGUCUCAUCAAAUUGUGGCGUAUGAGCGAAACCAAGGCGUGGGAGGUCGAUACUUGCCGCGGGCAUUUCCAGAACGCCAGUGGGUGCUUGUUCCACCCUCACCAGGAUCUCAUUCUUUCGGCCGGCGAGGAUAAGACGAUUCGUGUUUGGGAUCUGAACAAGCGUACGGCGGUACACACGUUCAAGAGAGAAAACGACAGAUUCUGGGUCAUCGCCGCGCAUCCUGAGAUCAACCUUUUCGCUGCUGGACACGAUAAUGGUGUAAUGGUGUUCAAGUUGGAGCGCGAGAGACCCGCGUCGGCUGUUUACCAAAACCAGCUCUUCUAUAUCACCAAGGAGAAGCAUGUCAAGUCAUACGACCUGCAAAAGAACGUCGAGUCCCCAACUCUGCUGUCUCUCAAGAAGCUGGGCAGCCCCUGGGUUCCCCCAAGGACGCUGUCUUACAACCCUGCUGAGCGUUCGGUUCUUGUCACAUCCCCAGCGGACGGCGGCUCUUAUGAGCUCAUCAACCUUCCCCGUGAUGGUACCGGCGCCAUUGAGCCAACCGAGUCCAAGCGGGGCUCUGGUAACUCGGCCAUCUUUGUUGCCCGUAACCGCUUUGCCGUCCUGAACACCGCUGCCCAAACCAUCGAUAUCAAGGACCUUCAGAACAACGUUACCCGGUCCUUCAAGCCCCCUCUUGGCACUAGCGACAUCUACUUCGGCGGCACGGGUAACCUUCUCAUCAUCAGCCCCACGGCAGUACACCUUUACGAUGUUCAGCAGAAGAAGACCACUACCGAGCUCGCCGUAAAUGGUGUCAAGUACGUCGUCUGGUCCAACGAUGGCCUCUAUGCCGCUCUCCUCAGCAAGCACAAUGUCACCAUUGUGACCAAGACCCUUGAGCAGAUCAGCACGCUCCACGAAACGAUCCGCAUCAAGAGCGCCACCUGGGACGACGCCGGCGUCUUGUUGUAUUCCACCCUUAACCACGUGAAGUACACGCUGUUGAACGGCGACAAUGGUAUCGUGCGCACUCUUGAUCAGACUGUCUAUCUUGUGAGGGUCAAGGGCCGUAACGUCUACUGCUUGGAUCGUGCUGCGAAGCCCAGAAUCCUCCAGAUUGACCCUACCGAGUACCGCUUCAAGCUUGCCCUUGUCAAGAGAAACUACGAGGAGAUGCUGCACAUCAUUCAGAACUCCAGCUUGGUCGGCCAAUCCAUUAUUUCGUACCUGCAAAAGAAGGGCUACCCAGAGAUUGCCCUUCAGUUCGUGCAAGACCCCACCACCCGCUUCGAGCUUGCGAUUGAGUGCGGAAACCUUGAGGUGGCUGUUGAGAUGGCCAAGCAGCUGGACAGGCCAAAAUUGUGGACGAGAUUGAGCGCCGAGGCCCUUGCUCACGGGAACCACUCCAUUGUUGAGAUGUGCUAUCAGAAGCUCAAGCAGUUCGACAAGCUCUCCUUCCUAUAUCUCACAACCGGUGACGAGGCCAAGCUGACUAGGAUGGCCAAGAUUGCUGAGCACCGCGGAGACUUUGGCUCUAGAUUCCAAAACGCCCUCUAUCUCGGUGAGGUUGAGGACAGAAUCCAGAUGUUCAAGGAGAUCGAUCUUUAUCCUCUGGCCUACGCUACAACCAAGGCCCACGGUCUGGAUGAGGAGUGCCAAUCGAUCUUGGAGGCUGCCGGUCUCACAGAAGACGAGCUCAACCUCCCCACCUUUGGCGAACCUCUCACGCCUCCCAAGCCCGUUGUUCCUACAUACAAGGCCAACUGGCCAACAAAGGCCACAUCGCAAUCCUUCUUCGAGAAGGCGCUGCUUGGCCAGAUGGAGGGUCUUUCAUUAGAAGACGAGUCAGCGGUGGUUAAUCGUGUUGACGCCGAAGCUGAGGAGGAUGGCGCUAAGCGCGACCUCCUUGGAGACGCCGAUGAGGAGGAGGAGGAUGCUGGCGGCUGGGACAUGGGUGAUGACGUUGUGCCAGAGAUUGAGGAGGGCCUGGCCGAUGUCAACAUCGCUGAGGCUGGUGGUGCUGGCAGCAGCGAGGCUGAACUCUGGGCUCGCAACUCACCUCUGGCUGUUGACCAUGCUGCCGGUGGCUCGUUUGAGUCUGCGAUGCAACUGCUCAACCGUCAGGUUGGUGCCGUCAACUUUGCUCCUCUCAAGUCCCGGUUCUUGGAAGUAUACCAGGCUUCCAAGACAUAUCUCCCUGCGUCGGCCGGCCUUCCCCCAUUAGUCAACUAUGUUCGCCGCACGGUAGAGGAGGCUGAUCUUAGAAAGGUGUUUCCCGUCAUCCCCAGGGAUCUGGAGUACCUUGCCGAGCAUGAUCUUCACCGCGGUUACAAGUGCAUGAAGACCAACAAGCUGGAAGAGGGUGUGACUAUCUUCAAGAAUAUCCUGCACUCGCUGCUUGUCAACGCGGUUGGCUCGGAGGACGAGGUUGCGGAGGCCAAGAAGGUCAUUACUGCUGCUGCCGAGUAUACCCUCGCCAUGUCGAUUGAGCUUGAGCGCAGGUCUCUUGGCACACCAGAGGCCAUCCUGGCCAACCCCAAGCUCCUGAAGCGGAACUUGGAGCUUGCCGCUUACUUUACCAUUCCCAAGAUUGAGGUGGCUCAUCGCCAGUUGGCUCUGUCUAAUGCCAUGACUCAGUCGAUGCGCAGCAAGAACUACAGCAGCGCGUUGAGCUUUGCUAACAGGAUAAUCUCCAACGGUGAUGCUGGCGGCGCUUUGGCCAAGCUUUUGGAAGCUGCUCGGAGAAACAAGGCCACCUGUGAGCGCAACCCUCACGACGCGGUGGAGAUUGAGUUUGAUCAAUUUGCCGAGUUUGAGAUUUGCGCGGCGAGCUACACGCCCAUCUACAGCGGCACCUCGUAUGAGGAGUGCGCGUUUGACGGAUCCAAGUACCACACCAAGUACAAGGGCACCGUCUGCAAGGUGUGCGAAGUGUGCGAGGUUGGCAAGCACGGCAGCGGUUUGAAGCUUUUUGCUUGAUCAAAAUGGGUUGGUUUGGUUGGCUGGUUGGUUGCGGUAGCAGGCGGGAGUCUUGAUAUAUAAUCGCCUUGCUGUUAUUGUUGUUGUUGUUGUUGUUGUUGUUAGGUCUUUUUCGUUUGUCAAAAACGGGGGAGCGGAAAAGCAAAGGGGGGGAAGGAAGGA